GAUUUGGAUUUGGAUUUGGAUCCGAUAACGCAUGCGCAUGAACUUCGUCGUUCUGGGAAGAGGUUCAGAGUUUGGAUCGCGAUGCGCUCCUCGAUUCCUCUCCGCCAUUGGAGACGCCGUUCAAGCUCUGUCGCAAGCCAAGCAACUCCACGCGCUUCUUGUCACUGCUGACCACUCUUGUCACCCUUCUCUUCCCACCAAACUCCUCCGCUCCUACGCGAACCAUGGCGACAUUGUCUCCGCCCGCCACUUGUUCGACCAAAUUCCUCGCAAAACCGUACUCCUAUGGAACUCACUCAUUCGAGCGCAUGCUCGAUGCCGAGACUUCUCCACUGCUUUCUCUGUCUUCAACCAAAUGCGAUGCUCUGGGGUAAACCCUGAUGGUUUCACCUUUGCUUGCGUUCUCCGUGCAUGCGCAGAGCAUGCCGACCCUUUUGGUGCUAGCGUGGUCCAUGGGACUAUGAUCUCGACGGGUUUAGUAUCUGAUUCGAUAGCCGGCGCCGCACUUGUUAAUUCUUACUCAAAACUCAACCUUGUCAAUGAUGCCCAUCAGGUGUUCGAUGAAAUGCCUGAAAGAGAUUUAGUGUCAUGGAAUACAAUGAUAAUGUGUUGUUCAUAUGGAGGAAAUGCACACAAAGGUCUUGAGUUGUUUCAUGGUCUGAGAGAGUCUGGCGAAAAGCCCGAUGGGUAUACUUUCACCGGCCUCAUUUCAUGUUUAUGGGGCUCGGACUUGGCUCGUGUUGGCAAAGGGAUCCAUGGGCUAUGUCUAAAAGAAGGAUACAGUUCUAAUUGCCACUUAAGAUGUGCACUAGUAAGCAUGUACUCAAGGUGCAAUGUCUUGCACUCUGCUUCACUGCUUUUCCGAAGUUUGUCUCAAGUUGACUUAGUUACAUGGUCUGCUUUCAUAACUGGAUUUUCACAAGCAGGACAGUGUGAAGAAUCAAUCUGUUUGUUCAGAGAAAUGAUGACCAGUAGUCGAUGUGCUGCAAGACCGGAUUCUAUCUUGAUUGCUUCUCUACUUUCGGCUUGCGCUACAUUGCCAUCUAUUCGACCUUGUAAAGAAAUUCAUUGUUUUGCAUUGCGGGUGGGGAUCAACUCAAGUGUGUCAGUCUCUUGUGGACUUAUUGAUGCAUACUCAAAGUGUGGCUUUGCGCAACAUGGUUUUCGUAUAUUUGAAAUGAUGCCUAGAAGAACUUUGGUUGCAUAUAACACUGUUAUAUUAAGUAUGGGAUCUAAUGGACUUGGAAUGGAGGCCAUGCAAACCUUCGUGGCAAUGCUGAAUGAGGGGCUCAAGCCUGAUAAGGCUACCUUCUCGGCUCUUCUCUGUGCUUGCUGUCAUUCAGGACUCCAAAUGGAAGGUUGGAAACUCUUCAGCAGGAUGCACAGUGAAUUCGGUGUGGAUCCUGAGAUUGAUCACUAUGUGUACAUUGUGAAACUACUUGGUAUGGUUGGGGAAUUGCAGGAAGCUUAUGAUCUUGUCCAGGCCAUGCCUGUGGUGCCUGAUUCUGGAGUUUGGGGUGCAUUAUUAUGGGGUUGUAGUAUUCAUGGUAACAAGGAGUUGGGUGAGAUUGUGGCACAGAAGCUUUAUGAAAUAGAACCAAGGAAAACAGCUUACAGAGUCAUGCUCUCAAAUAUUUAUGCUGUUAAGGAGAAAUGGGGUGAUGUUAAGUAUCUGAGGAAUGAGAUUGCUAAAGAAGGUAUGCAUAAAAUUCCAGGCAUCAGUUGGAUUGAAAAUAUUAAUUUCUAGCUUAUGUUCUCUAUAUGAUGUUUGUGUGGAUGGGUGUUAUAUCUUUAUUUCUUUAAAGAUGUUAUAUCUUUAUUCUUUUAAAGAUGGUAAAACCGUAGAAAAGACUGUAAUUGUUGUUAUAGUGGUAAUUAUUUGUUAGUUUAGAUUGCUAUUUUUAUGCUAAUCAGAUAUUGGUUGUCAGAUUAAUGGCAACAGAAAUAAUAUAGUGGUGCCUCUAGCAGUAAUAUAACAUUAUAUGCUUUAUUGAAAUUUUGAGACGAAUUUUAAUGAGGUUGAGCUCUAAGAUGGUUUGAAUUUAAUCUGGCCUUGAAUCAUCCACGAGUGUCACACUUCUAUUAUUUAAUUGAACUUAA